CUCCCGUUAGCCGCUUCCAGGUCCACGAGCAAGGGACCGUACGGCUGGGAGACGACCACCAUGGCGUGGAAACGGCUCGUGCUCGGGUGCGCGACAGGAACAUCGUUUUCCGCAAGCUUCCCAAAAGUGACGAUGGCUUUACGCUCCAGCGUUAAAUCUGCUUCGGGCAGAGGGUGCCCCUCCC